CAUGGUCCACGUGAUACGAAUUUUAGAGGCAACAACAACAGUCUCUGUCUGCAAACUUUUUUGGAGCUAAAUUUAGCACUGGGUUAAACAGAACAGGGUUGCUUAGCUAUUGCGUACAAAUUAUAUAACUUACAAAGACUUUAUAAGCUAUAGAAAACAUGAAAUGUUGAGCAAACAAUAUCAGGAGCAAGGGAUGAAUGGACCAGAAUGAAGGGACAAAAACAAAGGUCUUCUCAGAGAAGGUAGGUCAGAUCACCGUCCUGGUACCCAAAUGUUGCAGGCCAAAGGUGUAAAAAACACCAAAAUCCCUGAACGUGUGUUGGUGCGUGCACUUAUUUAUAUAUCUUCGAACGUCCUCCUUCUUUGGGACAUGACAGGUGCCCCCCAGCUCCACCUGUCCAUCCUUUUCCACAGCCACAUGGACAAAUCCAGAAAGGGAUCAGUCAUUCAAGAAAUGGUAUGCUGAAGCGCGACGGGGCCACGGAAGAUCUCUGGAUACCGGAUCAGACGCAGCUGCCUCCCGGCUGCUAUUUUCACUCAGCUUAAAGUACCAUGGGAAGCCAGCAUCUAUGCCAUGGACUACCCACAACUACCAGUCUGUCUCUGCACGCCAUGAAGUCCACUGCAGGGGAGCACGAGCAUCCUGCACACGAUACCCAGAGCUUGCCCUCUGACCCUGAUGAGCUCGACAGUGGCAGCGAAAGCUCGGAGAAAUCCACUGGCGCAGGGAGCCCCAUGCAGGGCCACAGGGAGGCGAGGAGAUGCAGAGGGGGUCGUAGACUUGCAGGGGUGAGCAAACAACGUCAGGCAGCUAAUGCUCGGGAGCGAGACCGCACACAUAGUGUCAACACUGCCUUCACGGCUCUGCGUACCCUUAUCCCCACAGAGCCGGCCGACAGGAAGUUGUCAAAAAUCGAGACCCUGCGAUUGGCAUCGAGCUACAUUUCACACUUGGCUAACGUGCUUCUGCUAGGGGAGGACUGCAUGGACGGGCAACCAUGUCUGAAAUAUCAUAACAUCUUACAAAGCAACACCAACCUCAAAACUCCACCGGUUCGACCCAUCUGCACCUUCUGCUUGAGUAACCAGAGGAAAAUGCUUAGAGAUGGGGAAAAGCACACAACUGGGUGACAGCAGAAGUUCUCCCGACUGUCCGCUACUCAACUUCUGAAUGUUUACAUGUAAAGGGAC